GGACAUCAUUGGCUGUUCGCGUAUUGAAACUGUCACUUCUUCCGAGCCAGCACUAGCGAUUGCAAUUUGCAGCCAUGAAGGAGCUAAUGGCAUCGUGAGAAACAUACAAGAGAGCCCUUGAGACAUUUGUUGAUAACCUGAUGAUCAACGGAUCCAUCCUCAAGCGAAGUCAUCAAGCCGAAUUGUUCAGCUGCAUUCUGUUGACCCUUGCAUGGGAUUGGGCAAGUGCAUCCAAUUGCAUUCAGCAGGUCCCCACGAUAUCGUCAAAAGUGUUCUGGACCGCCCUCCUUGGCGACAAUCUUGGGUUGCUCCCCAAUGAUCAGAACCUGAAAGAAAUGGACAAUGCCCAUCUCAACUUGACGCACAUGGUCCGGCUGACAGACAAUUUAUCGGUUGGUUUCCUCUGCAAGGCAUGGUGCUCUGGUGCUGCAUUCCAAUACAAACCUCAACAGCCUUGUAUUGAUGGGCUCGUUCUUACUUGCACUGGAGCGCUUGAUGACCCAUUUGCAUCGAGACAAUUCAGUUACAUAGCUUGGUUAUCGGAGCUGCGCGUUGAUGCAUCUACUUCUGAUCUUCCUUCGGAGCUUGUAUCGAAGGAGUCGACUGUGGUGUUCAUGGAUCUCCACACUAACAGCGGUUCUGCGUCAACGGCAGGAAAACUGUUUCAACUCGCUCUUGGGUGUGUGCAACAUUCGCACGUCCCUAGGCAUGGGUGGGGAGUUUGCAUGCCCACCCAAGACGAGGAGCCCCCUCGAUGGUGCAUCCAUGCUCGAGGACACACAUGCAUCACGUACCCUGUGAUCGAAAGGGUUAGCUUGUAGUUUACCGCCCUCUUCAACCAAUCUUC